AUGUUAUGGCUAGGCCUCGCCCGCUUCAAAUUGGGAAGUCACUUAUUUACUUUACAAGCUUUAGGUCUAGAGCCGGACUUCCUAUACCCUCUGGAGAACGUGACCAUCGCUCAAGGUCGUGACGCGAUGUUCACCUGCGUGGUCAAUAACCUUGGUGGUUAUAGGGUCGCAUGGAUCAAAGCAGACACGAAAGCAAUUCUGGCCAUACACGAGCACGUGAUAACGAACAACCAGCGGCUGACUGUCACACACAAUGAUUACAAUACAUGGACACUCAACAUAAGAGGUGUUAAACGAGAAGACAGAGGACAAUAUAUGUGCCAAGUUAAUACUGAUCCUAUGAAAAUGCAGACGGCAUUUUUGGAAGUAGUUAUCCCUCCAGAUAUAAUAUACGAAGAAACAUCUGGGGAUAUGAUGGUGCCAGAAGGUGGAUCAGCAAAGCUGGUUUGCAAGGCGAGAGGAUAUCCUCCGCCUAAGAUUGUAUGGCGGAGAGAAGACGGGGGUGACAUUAUUUCAAGAGGAGGGCCACAGGGAAAAACUAAAGUAACGUCGUUGGAAGGAGAAAUCGUAAACUUGACUAAGGUGACGAGGUCGGAGAUGGGCGCGUACCUCUGUAUUGCAGCCAACGGCGUCCCACCUUCUGUCAGCAAAAGAAUAAUGCUACAUGUACAUUUUCAUCCUUUGGUACAAGUGCCAAACCAGCUGGUAGGUGCUCCGACUGGCACAGACGUUACGCUACAGUGUCAUGUUGAGGCUUCACCCAAAGCCAUCAAUUACUGGACGAGAGAGAAUGGUGAAAUGAUAAUAACAAACGACAAAUACCAGAUGACCGAGAUCAACAGUUCGGCAUACAGCGUGCAGAUGCGACUUGUUAUUCGAAACAUACAACGGAGUGAUCUCGGGGGCUACAAGUGCAUUUCCAAGAACUCUAUAGGCGACGCCGAAGGCAACAUUAGGUUAUACGAAAUGGAGUUGCCAAACCGUAAAUCACGUGAUGAGGACGACUAUGCCAUCGAAGAAACGAACGACGUUCGCUCUAGUCUACAAGGUCCACUCCGAGAGGGUGGACGAGAAGAAGAUGCAGGCUUCCUUGGCGGUGGUGGGCCGACCACCAGCGCUUCACAUUGUUUUCCACCACAUACUAUGUUUUUAUUAACAGCCUUGUUCUUUGCCGCAUGCUAA